AUGUCGAGACCCGAAAUUCCAGAACCCAGAUCAACGGGUUCUCCUCCGCUCAGGAGCUCCGCACGGGAAGCUUCUGCCCACUAUGCCUCGCGAGCGAGUCACUUCGAGGAACAGCACAAGAAUAUACCGAUGUUGAAGGUGACAGCGAGAGCCGUUCGCACAUCCCGACAGGAAGAGAGUGGAGACCCAGAUAAGGAGGAGCGUACUCUUGGUGCUUCCAGCCGCGAGCUCCCUUUUGCACAUAUGCGCAUUCACUUCGAGGACUUCGCGCGAGAGCUUCGCUUGCACCGACACCAUGAACAUCGGAAACGAAUGCUUUGCCAUCAAAGGGAUCGGCUUCGGAAUGCAAUCGCUCUGUCUGCUCGCUUGCAGCGCGUGGGAUCCUGGGUACAUGAUGGUCUCGUUCAAAUCUCCCAGCAGUCUGAUCCGAGCGGUUUCACGAGGGUGCAUCAACACAUGCGUGACUUGGUCAGUCUAUGUCAGGCCCAAUGGCAUCAUGAGGUCCAUGCGCUCGACGCGAAUUUUACUUCAAAAACACCAAGCAAAGAGCCAUUUUUGGCCAAACUCUCCACGUCCUCUCGAGAGGACUGUCUCGAAUUACUCCAUACUCUACGGUGCAACCCCCGCUUUUUGGUGGACAGAUUCAAGGCAAUGAAUCCAGACCAGGUCAAGGGCCUUUCCACCUCUCCCAAGUUCAAAAAUCUGUCCGAAUCGGUCCUGGUAUCCCUAUCAGAGAAUCGCAGUCGAGAGUCGCAGCGCAGGCGCCCGAGAUCAUUUCUCAGGGAAUAUGAAGACGAUGCGCAAUUAACGAGAAGUAAGGCCUAUUCCAAGGAGCUCGAAGACUACGCUUCAUCGUUCGAGAGAUCAAAUCCCUUGUCAUUCCUUAUCCACAACAUUUACGCAUCUUCGAAUGACAUUGAAAGCCACGAAAGCCAACUGCGAUUGUCUACUUGGUCUACAAUAUGCGCAAGCUUGUUUACAGAGUCUAUGCCCGCCUUUGAAGCCAUAAUUGGCGACGUUUUGUCUGCAUUUGCACAUUUACAUGGUUGGCAAAUCAAAGAGCGUCUGCAAAUGUUCUUGAUGGGCAGCCUACAACGCGGUGCAUUUCUGUACAACUCCGUCGAACCUUCGAUCAGCAAAGGCCGGACCGAUGUGAGCAUCUUCGACUCAUUCUAUAGUACACCUCAAGCACAAGCCUUCUUCGACACAGAGGUCAAGGAGCUGUUCCAGAUACUGGGCUCAGGCGAUGGAGGCAUCCCAGUAGGCGCUUUGCGCCUGGGUCGUGCCAUUGUUGGGAAGUUGCCCACCUUGCAGAGCCAGAGCGACUUUCGGGGUCACUUCUUCUUCCGGUGGUUUGUACAGGAUUUUCUGCGUAUUGCGAUGUCCUUUCCGGAGGUAGGUAUCCAUGUAAUCUUGUCUUAUGCAGCUAACAGUGGCCAGGAUGAAAACAUGCUCCUUCAAUUUCACAUCAGCACUCGUGCUAGAUUCCACCUCCUUCAUAAAUUGUGGGAGCACGCCAAUGCCCGUGCCACCGACAGUGUCAGCUCCAUGCCUACGCAACGAGUCGAGGAAGACGUACGAAAUUCUGUCAACUGGAAUAUCGGCCAACUGGAUGCAGACCAGUGCAUUAAUCCCUACCAGGCUGGCCACACGCCGGUCACUAUUCUCGGGGGUUUCCAGCCACCAUACAUCUCAAUCUGCGCAGCCGAUAUCGCCCAUCUCCUCGAAAAGUUAAGGCCGCAGACUAUACACACCUCCAGCCCAUUUGACCAGUUUUUGAGCUCCUCCCAGGCAACAUUCAAUUCGCAAUACUCAAGAGCUAUUCCGAAAUUCGACAGGCUUUGUAGGCGCAUACUCGAUUUCAUUGAGCCCGGUCACUCUUCUAAGAAUGUUCACCCUUGUCAAGAGAGCUGGGCUCUACUACUAAUAUCACCGGGGGGAGAUCUAUCCAUUGCAACGCCGGCUCUGGCUGGUGAUAUAACGACAGCCGGGGAAGGUUUAGGUGAUCUUGACCCCGUCCAGACCGCGGUGCUCCGUCUCGCGGCUAGCUCAUUGUCUCUACACGCCCCAACGAGCGUGCACCAAAUAUCACACGGGAAGGCAAAGGGUCGAGGUCUCUCAGAAAUGUUUGCCGAAGAGUCCAGGACUUCCCACAUUCAGACGGACAGUCUUACGUCUAUGUACUGGCAUAAUGCGCUGAACUACUUGCGCACUUAUUAUCCGUUGACAGUGCUGACAGGUGACGAUACUAAGGUAUUGGGCCCAAUCCUCCAGAGACUUAAUGGACGCCAAAUUCUGCUUGCAAAUGAAUGCCUACAGUUACAACAAGAGGUGGCCGAUCUCGAAGCAUCUUAUGCCUGUGCAAGAACAACCCUAGCUACAGCCGCUGACUGGCUGGAUAAGCUCCGGGUCAAACUUUGGUAUGCAAUGGCCGUCACAAGCUCGGAUGCCUACGAUAACGCUCGCAACAUCACUGUCGCACUGAACAAUAUGGCGAUACUUGCCAGGCCAGGAGCUAUAUCUGGACAGGAAUAUGGGGGUUCGCCGGAGCCAUCUCGACCGGGGAGUUCUAUGACCUCGGCAUCAUCUGUCUUUGACCAGCCAAGGAUCGACACUGAGACAAUUAUGAAAGCGCCGGUGGAGUAUGGCGGGCCUAGGAAGCUCUCAGAUGCACAGAUCGAGAAGACGAAGAAAUGGCUCGAACGCAACCACGUGGAAAACUUUUGUCGAGGAGAGGAAAGAAUCCAUCGGUUCUGUAUGGAGGUCAAGCUUCUGAUCCGGAAGCUCGUCGGAGAUACCAUUGCUUCCAGCCCUGUCUUGUGGUCGAGCGAACUUUUCGCGCGGGAAAGAGGUUUGUACGACAUCCAUGCCGGACUGUAUGGUGGUCCGAGCACCAGACCGCCGAGUGUGAUGAGUGAGCCACUUUCGUCCACUUCUUUCCCCCUGCGUCCGACCUUCGCGGGCUCAAGGGCAUCGAUAUUCGGAGGCUCAAGCAGGCUUGGAAAGGACGGUCUAGGCAGCGAUAUUUCCUCCUAUAUCAGUUCGCCAGGCCGUGCUACCACGUCCACAACCCUGGAAAGUGCCAGUAUCUGGUCAAGGACGCAGUCUAAUUCACGGUCUGUCACCUCAGUCUCACAACAGUCCAGACCUGCGUCAACAUUCGAAGGGAGUCACCUGAAUCGAUCCGUUGAUCGCAGCCAAGAGAAAGCCAAUUUCUUGGAAACUCUGCGACAGGAUUUGAGCUCUCUCUUGCUCUCUGAUUUGGCUUGCCCCGUGUGGAGCUGUGGAAGUGAGAGCGACGCUUGGAUGGAUGCGAUCUGCCAGACCCCCGGUAUCAUGGAACGGCUGCAUCAGCGCUCUGCGUUGGCUCAUUUGUUGCCGCCACCAAACACAACCUUAGGAUAUCCGGGAUCGAGCUCGAAAGGCCCAAGGAAACACAAACAGCGAAGUCACAGUGCUGCACCGCACCGGUCCUCCUCGGGUAAGCAUGACUGCGACCCUGGGCUUGAUUCUUCGGGAAAGGUGCUAUUCAGCAACGGUCGGCAGCCCCGAGUUGACGACUUCCCAUAUCGAAGCGCGUUCAACGACAUCCUUUGUCGCGUGAGAGAUCAUACGGAUCCCGUUCUGAAGCUCAAGGCCAUCCGCGAUUUCAAGCUCUUGUCGCAGGAUUUCCAACAAAAUCGAAGGAAUGGGCAUGAGACAUCCCCUGCGAUACCACCGGAAGCUGCUGACGCACAAGACGGCACACGACGACGUAGCCUCGACCCCAGUAUCUUAUCAGCCAAUAUACGACGAAACGAGUGCCAGUCGAGGUCGCACGUAUCAGUUCCCACGCCCACGGAGAAUGAGGAGAGUCUAGUAGUUCAGUCACUCAAGGAUCUCCUCCAUGAUUUGCGGCCCAAGACCCUUUUUCGGGACCUGCAAUACAUUGCGGCAUUCGCAUCUUCGGACAACCUGGAUGACCCGGAGCUGGGACAAGCAUUCCUUCACAUGGGGCUGGCAGCGUUGGCGUGGAAGGAUGAAGUCUGUCGGAGCAUGGUGGAUGUCGCAGAUCGAAUCGUGGCCAGAGACUCAAUCAAAAGAAAUAUCUCGAGCGCCAAGAAGAAGAGAGAGCCAUCGGUGCUCAAGGCCAUGGAGUAUUGGAUUGUCGGAGCUCGAGAGGGCAAUGCGAUUGCGCAACGAGAGCUUGCGAGUCUCUACCUGACCCAUCCCGAUGUUCCACCCAUCGUGAGUCUGCCCCUGACCUUAUCUUCGGAUAUCUUCAAAAGCGACAUGAUGUGGGAAGGGGAAGGGGAAUUUCGGCGCAAUAGUCAAGCACUUUGUCUUGCCCUGCACUGGAUGCAAGAAGCAGCAAAGAAUGGAGACGUGGUGGCACAGAUGAAACUGAAGGAGCGAGAGGCCGGCCGUUCAAUUCGAUGA